GCAGUCCGACAUUUUGAGAGUUUGACGGCGACGACCCGAUCCGAUUUUCUCUUCGUUAUCACAUCUCUGUCUCUACAAAGACCCAUUUGUUGUGAUUCUGAGAUUCCGGCUGGUUUCAAAGCACUGCUUCUACGUUUCCUGAUAUUCUCUUUUAACGGUCCGUUUCAGCGGUGAAUCAUCGCUUGUUCACUUCACCCUAGCUGCUUCGACUACUCAAGUCUUCUUUUUAUGCAAAGGAGCACAUGACUCUUUUGGACCAGCCAAGAUGGAUCAUGCAGAUAAGAUGAAGCAAAACAUGGACAUUUUAGGGCCCAAAGGCCUCAAAAGCAUUUCCAUGGGUGAGCUUUUGGACUCAGUGGACCGCAACUGCCCGCAAGAGGUGAGGAAGGUGCGGCUUCUCGAAAUCUCAGUCAUGUGGUUGCACGAGCGGCUCAUGACAGUCGACGUCUCAACUGAGGUUGCCCUCACAAGAGAAGCGGUCUCGUGGUACAACGCCUUGAAGGCGGCUUCCAUUGAUGAUGACGCGAUUGCCGAAGCAAUCAAUGACUGGCGGCUUAGCCAGGAUACUCACGACUUAGACAGCGCCAGAAGACUGAGCUUUGCUAACCAACUACAUAAUCUGAUGGCUGCCAAAGCUACGCCUUCCAGACGCGACUCUAAGACCGCGGAUCCAGAGAGGGAGUAUGGAAACAUGCACCCUGACAGGUUGAGGUUGUCCCAGAACGGACUGCCGGCCACAGAGCUGGAUGAUGACGAGCCAGGCGAAAUUAUCGAGACUUCCUCCCCUCAGUGGGAGGGCUCGGUCCGACCUCGAAUCGACAGGCAAGAUCAGCCGCCUGACCUGUCGUUCUUGACAGGGUCCAACCGUCUGGUCCUAGGCGAAACCACCAAUGGCCAUAUCAACGACGAGGGCCUGGAUAGCACGGCGCCCAGCGCUACCAGGACGCCUCAUAUCGACUACGUGUGCAUGCGUUGCAAGAUCCCCGGUCACACUCGCGAAAACUGUCCCACCCGUUUCGAUCCGGCCUUCGAUAGGAACGACGCUGACAAUGCUUAUCUUUCGCGGGCUAGAGAUGGCCGAUGGUCUAGGUUUGGCGAGCUGUCCGGUGGUUCGCGUCGCUCCCAGUCCCCUUCCAGUCACAUCAGCAGCAAGCGUCAAAAGAAAAGGCGGCGUCGGGAUUACGAGCUGUCAAAUUACCUGUCCGACCGCUCUUAUCGGGGUCGCAACAGCAAUACCAACCACUACCGUGAAGGAUCCCCCAGCGAGUCGGUGCGCCGUACGAGCAGAUACCCGCCAGCCGGGGAGCACGCAAAGAAGAAAGUGCGUAGAGUGACCUCGCUCGGGGACUCAUUUGUUGAAAUUAUCAACAACAAGGACCCUAAGGGAGCGCCACUGUCGCAGGAGGAUGAAUACGAGGACUAUGUGCGGGCAACUCCUCUGGUUGAGCACGCUGGCAGUGGGCUGGACAACGAAGAGAUGAUUGCCGACAUUGAUGAGACGUCCGUCCUGGAGAAGAUUCAUAACUGUGCCGACGGCGUCGAGGAUUUUGAUAUUGCAUUGGACGAAAUGAUCAAGACCGAGAGUGGGAAGACUGAUUUACUUUUGCUUGUCAAGGAUUUCGAACUACUUCCCUCUCACGGUCCCUCCAUCAUCAACCUUUUUAAAGGUGCGACUGAGAUAUGGGUCAGGCCCAAGACAGUUCGCCCUCGUCCCUGCGAAUACUUCGAUGUCCCUGCAGAAGGCCAACAGAGGAUUCGAGAACAAGGCGCGAGUGCGCAGUUGGCCGGAAGAGCUGUCGCUGGAGAGAAGGGUGUAGAGGGGCACAAUCGACCCAAAGCAGUUGACGCAGAGUUAGGGUUUGCUGGCAAUACUCACUACCUACAGGCCUUGGCUAAUGACAAAGAUGUGGCCAUGACUUACCCUGCGAUUGCUGCGGUGACUGAGCGCCCUGCCUUUGGGGACAGCUUUAUAAUGGCGACAAGCAGCCUUCAGCUCGACGACUCUUUUCUAGAGUACGACAUUGGCGGAACGGGAGACGAUCUCUCCGAUCCUGGCGCAGCCGAUCCAGAUACGCCGGGAUUCUCCAAGCCUCACACAUUUGGGUGCAUUGCCGUGGAAGGGACCGAGGCUCUGCCGGCUGCUGUUCAAGGCGGAUCUGCGGUCCAGACCGUUGCUGAAGGCAAUGGUUCGGAGAUUGAGCAGUAUUGAACACCCCAGACGGUCGGGAAACAC